CAUACUGCUCAAUUCUUGGUUGAAAUGAUGGCCUUUGCUUCGCACUUCAUCAAAUACUGUGUCACGACGUGACUGGGCUGCGCAAGCAUUUCAAUGUCAAUCCCCGAAUUACAAUGUGUCAAACCUACUGCUGCAAAUGAAGCUUUCAACAUUGUUGAGAGAUGGAAGAACACUAAGGCGAGACUUGUAAAGAAGUGACAAGAAUUGCAAAGUGAAGUUCUAUGGUGUUUGACAACCCUUAGGCUUUGUAUAUAAGCAGAUUCCUGUUCCCCGCAACGUUUUCAGAGCAAAGCUGAGUGGCCCAGAGUGGCCAAAGCAUGACGGAGGUUUCUUGGACCAGAUGGGACUUCAGCAGCUUGGACACAGCGGGUUCCAAAUCGGUUGAUGGUGCAAUCCAAGAUCCGAUUGGCUAUCGGUUGACGAUGGAUGAUGGUAACGCUGCUGGCAAGAACAAAUCAAAAACUGCCAAUCAGGAACUGUUGGAGAAAAAGGCAUGGGAAGUUGCUGUGGCUCCAAUUCAAUCAGUUGGGAUGAACUUCUUCUUCCUCUGGAUGAGCGGGUCUUCUCCAGGCAUUUUCACGAUUAUGAUCCUAGGGUACUGCCUCACAUCAAUAGUUGGUCAAUUCGCCAAAGCAAACGCAGCUUUCCAGAACUUCAAGACUAUUGACACAACCUUGCAGUGGCUUGCCUACCUGGCGCUGUGUUCGGUGUCUUUGGCCUACCUUUUGUACCACAUGGCUGGGAUGGGCCUUCUGCCAAAUUCCUCCGGAGACUGGAUAGCGUUGAUUCCAAAUGUCGAAGUUAUCGAAACUGCAGGUGGCAUCGUAAAGUGAGUGUGAAGUGCAGCCUCAGGUGCCCCAGUUUCACAGCAUUCAUGCAUUAGUUACUCAUAAGUUGGUAUGUAUUCAUCUAGACUUGUCGUGGUGAC